GGGAGCAAAGACAAAAGUGUUGCAUUUAUAUUUUUGUUGAGCGUGUGUGUAAUUCAACAAAACAAUAUAAUCUGUUAAACAAUAGUAAGUUGUUUGCAAAAAUUACAAUAAAAAGUUGCUUCAACACUGAUUUCCCUCAUACUGUUAAAUUAAAAUAAUAGCGAGUAAAAUCACUGUUAAACAUGUUAUUUUCCACAGACUAUGAAAAACAGACAACAAAAAAGGACAAAAACUCAAAACAAAUGAAAAAUACUGCUAAAAAACUGCUGAAUAUGGAGCAAUAUAAUCCUAGGGUUGUGAUUAUUUUUUAGUCAAUAUUUUUGCUGAUUUAAAUACAGUUUACAAAAAAACAGGGCAAUUUUACAGCUAAAUGUUGUAAAAGAACAUCCCUAUAAAAAAUACUUUUAGUUUUGGCCUAUUUUUCUAUGGUGAACAUGUAAAUAUGAUCUUUUUUCUGUUAUUUUGCAAAUUGUAAUCUGUGAAACAUCUGUAAAAACUGUUCAAAAUAUACUAGGCUAAAUCUUUGAUUGUAGCUGAACUACAUCUCCCAGCCGGCAUGGAGCACUUUAAAGAGGUGCUGAGAACAAGAGUGUUUGCAGCACCUCCUUCUGCAUCAGGAGUCCAGUGCACAUAGACACUAAAAACCUACCGGCUGCAAACGUACAUACAUCGUGAUAUUUUCAUAAAAAAAGAUGUAUUACGAUUCAUUUUUUUUUUCCCAUUUCAGUCUUUAUAAGUUUGUGCGUUUCAGUGCUAAAAUGUAUUGGUGACUUAGCUUCAAAGUAGGAUUAUUAUUGUUUGCACAUGUCAAGUUAUUUGCACCAUAUCCCAUGCAAAGCAAACAAUUUGCACAUUACUGCACAGUGUAGCUAUUACUGCUACUUUUAUCACCUAACAUUCCUUGGAUUUGCUCAACUUGUUGGGUUUUUGUUGUUGUUGUUUGUUUUUGGUCUUGUAACAAUUGCUGUUUGUUGACUUGCAACACUUGAGCUCUUUUAAAAUCUUUUUUAUCCUCUUAUUCCGCCGGCAUUUACUAAUGAACCAUAUCACCACAUGAAAAUCCUCUUUUGUGAAAACCUACUUGACUGUAAAACUGAUUCUGAGUAUUUUGUUUUAAAGUCAUGCUCGCUAUAUAAUAGUUCGCUCAGUAACAGAAAUACGAUACGAGAGGAAAACAAUGUAGUGUACUCCUCACUAAUGAUGCCUUUCCCCCUUUAAAUAUAAACUAUUUUAACCCUGCUGUUGUCUUCACUUAUGGACACCCCAAAAAAUAUUGUUUCUUUGCCUGAAAAAAAUCCAAAAACUCAGCCAAAAAAUUACCAAAUUUCUGAAAAUUUGCAAAACCUUCAGGAAGAAACUUACAAUAAUUCCUUAAAAGUUUCACUUAAAAAAUUUAUUUUUUUGAAAAAAAAAAACCCCCAAAUUUGGCAAGAAAAUGCUUGUAAAUAUUUUCAAAAAAUGAGUAAAAAUCUUUCAAAAAUCCUAAAAAUAUCUAAUAUGAUUAAAUAUAUAUCAGUAAAACUUCUAAUAUUUUCUUUAGGAACAUUCACAAAAAUCAUGAAAAUGUGGACAUCAGAAGUUUCACUGUGGAAAUAUACAUUUUCCCCAACAUUUUCGAACUUUUAAACAGGUCAAUUUUGACCCCCAGGACAACACGAGGGUUAAACAAAACACCAUGUUGAGCGAUGGUGUUUUAUUUUGACAGUCUUCAUCGGAAUUUCUGUUUCCACUCAUUUUUGCGCACUUUACGCACUUCUGAACUCCAGUAUGGGUACGUGGUAGGUAAAGCAGCGUUUUUUUCUUUAAGUAGUAGUUAGAGUUUAUCUUAAAGAAGCCGAUCGGUAUCAAAGAGACACACGGGACUGGAAGCAUGCUUCCUCGUCGGCAGGACUACGGGAUAAACCGGGGCGCAGCGGCUCGGAGCGGCUCCCUCAUAAACUUUCGGAGCGCGGUGAGUUCCGUCUCGGUGCGCCGCAGCUCCGCCGUGCUGCCGUCGGUGCUAACGUUCCUGGUGAUCGUAGCAUCCGGAGGCCUGCUGCUCAUGAUCGAGAAAGGAAUGCUGAACAGCGUGGAGACGCCUUCACCCCGGGGAGACGGCAGGCGGCUGGACUUCAUCCGGCAGCCGGGGAAGCGCAGCGCCGAUGAGGUGGACGCGGAGUCGCAGAUCCUCCAGGAGAUCCGUAACCGCACCAUCAGGACCGUGUGCAGCCAGAAGAACAUGCCCCACAGCAUCUGGUCCCUGAGCCCCCCGCAGAGGAAGACGCUGCUGCAGCACGUCCUGGUGAACGACGAGCACCGCUUCCUCUACUGCUACGUCCCCAAGGUGGCCUGCUCCAACUGGAAGAGGGUCCUGAAGGUCCUGAGUGGCGCCCUGGAGAGCGUCGACGUCAACAUCAAGAUGGACCACCGCAGCGACCUGCUAUUUCUGUCCGCCCUGAAGCCCGAGGAGAUCCGCUACCGCCUCAAGCACUACUUCAAGUUCAUGUUUGUGCGGGAGCCAAUGGAGCGGCUGCUUUCUGCAUACAGGAACAAGUUUGGGGAGAUCGAGUCCUACCAGAAGAAGUACGGGGUGGAGAUAAUAAAGCGGUACAGAAAGGGCCACGCUAAGGACCCGUCUAUCACAGGAGACGAUGUGACCUUUGCAGAGUUCGUCCGUUACUUGCUGGAUGAGGACGUGGAGCGCAUGAAUGAGCACUGGAUGCCCGUGUACAACUUGUGCCAACCGUGUGCCAUUUCUUACGAUUUCAUUGGUUCCUACGAGCACCUCGAAAGCGACGCGGAGUUUGUGCUCCAGCGCAUCGGAGCACCUCCUUACGUUCACUUCCCAGAGAGGCAAACGUGGUACAAGCCGGUCACCACAGAAACAUUACACUAUUAUUUGUGCAGCUUACCACAGAAGCUACUGAGGGAACUCCUGCCCAAGUACAUUUUAGACUUUUCUCUUUUCACUUAUCCCCUCCCCAACACAACCACUGAACACUGCCGGCAUUAAACGUGCAAUGUUUUAUAUAGUUCUGAGAUUAUUUUUAUAGAGAAUCAUUUGUCCUAUUUUUAUUCCUAGGGAACAAACGGUGUUUUGAGAGCUGUUACAACUUUUUUUUUUUUACUGGUGAUGUCUUCAUAUCACCACAAAAUGCUGAUUAUUGGAAGAGACUUCAAAACCACUAAAGCUUGAAAUCAAAUACAGGAAAAAGUUACUGAUCCAUAUGUUGUAUGGACUGUUACAGGAAAUAAUUUGAUGCAGUAUUCAAUUAUGAAAAUGUUAAUAUCAUUGCAAGACCAAACUGUGUGUGUAACUUGUGUCUUCCAGUGCUGUAGACGAUAGAAAAGGUAAAUGUUUCAUGGCUUCAGUGGGCAUUCAGUGGUUUAGCAGGCUAAAACACAAACCGUGUAUUGGGAGGCUUAAAGGUUUCAAAUCCAGCUUGUUUGUUUGUUUUUUUUUUGGUAAAUCACAGCUUUUUAUUCCCAUCUGUCUCCCAUCUUUUCUAUUUACCAUCUAAUAAAACUGAAAUUCCCAUUUUGUGAUGCA